AUGGCCUUCUUCAAGAGCUUCCAGACCAACCUCCCGUCCGUCAACAUCUCCUCCAUCUUGGACUCGGUCAGCAGCCGCGUGGACGAGCUAGCCCACUCAGUUAGCGACGCCACCUACGCCGUUAGCGACCAGUUCACUGAGGGCGUGACCACCAUCGUGAAGAAGGUGCAAGACACGGAAGAAGGUGACAACGUUAGCGUAGCCGCGGCUCAAGAUGGCGGCGGCGGCGGCCAUAGCAGCGAGAGCAAACCCAGGAGCAAGAGCAUCUGGCAGAUCGCCCGCGACAACGAACCGGAGACGGCGGCGAACGACGACGGCGGCGGCAACACGGAGAGCGCGGCGAGUCAGCUGGAGUGGGAGUGGCGGGACGGGGGCUGGCGCGUUAAGCUAACGGCGGCGGAGUUAGCGGAGAAGGAGCGCAAGAAGCAGGAGCGCAAGGAGAUGGAGGAGCAGAGGGAGCAGAGGAGGAGAGAGCGGCAAGCUAAGCGGACGGAGGCGCAGAGGAAGAGAGAGGAGCAGGGGAAAGGAUCGAGGAGAGAGAGCGAGAACGAAGCAGAGCCGGUGGAAGAAGGCGUCAAAGAGGAAGAAGAGGAAGAGGAGGGGAAAGAAGAUGAAGAGGAGGAGGAGGAGCAGGAGGAGGAAGUGGCCAAGACUAAACGAAAGAAGAAAAAGUCGGACAAAAAGAAGAAAGAGGACGUGAAGAAAGAAAAGACAGAGGAGCGGGAGAAGAGCAAGAAGAAGAGGAAGAGUAAAAAGAAGAAGGGGAAAGGUAGAGGGGGCGUGGCUUGUUUGCAUUGGGGGUGGAGCAGUGACUUUGUGUGUGUGUGUGUGUGGUGA